CUUGAAUCCCAACGCGUUUCGUAUGAAAACAACGACUGAAUCGUGAUUUCAAUGAAUUGUCACAAGAAGUUGGAAGUCAUUGGAAGUUGUCGUCAGUUCAUAGGGUGGUAAUGGAUGUGAACGAGUUGUUGAGUUACAAGACCUCACAGUCAGAUGAUGGCAGUGAUGACCAGCACGAGAGUGCCGCCAAAAAGAGAAGAAUAAUGGGCGCAGAGUUGGAUGAGUCGGAUGUGACCACAGAUGCCGUGGACGCAGAAGUGGAUGAAACGGCUCUCAAGCGCCUUCUCCUGCUGUUUGAACGAAAAGUGCUUAAGAAUCAAGAAUUGCGGAUCAAAUUCGGUGACAAUCCCACGAAAUUCAUGGACUCGGAGAUGGAGUUAUUCGACACAAUCCAAGAGAUGCAUGUCUUGAGCACUCAACCAGAACUCUACCACAUUAUGGUUGAUCUCAAUAUAAUCUCAACACUUCUGGGACUUCUGUCUCACGAGAACACAGAUAUCUCGUGCGCUGUCGUCGCUCUCCUACAGGAACUGACAGAUUUGGAUGACAUCCAAGAACUCGAUGACGUGAGUCUGUUGUUGGAAGCGCUAAUCGGCGGUCAAGUGAUCGCUCUUUUGGUGACAAAUAUGGAGAGAUUGGAUGAAACCGUGAAAGAAGAGGCGGAAGGGGUUUACAAUUCAUUAGCAAUUAUCGAGAAUUUAACUGAUUUUAAGCCAAACCUCAACGACUGCCAGCCUCUGAUCACUUGGAUUAUGAAACGAUUGAAAGCUAAGCCAUCGUUUGAUGGCAAUAAACUCUAUGCUUCAGAAAUCCUAUCCAUUUUACUUCAAAGCAAUGACGACAACAAGAAACUGUUGAGCGAUUCCGAUGGCGUCGACACUUUGCUCCGAGUCAUCUCUUACUACAAAAGACAUGACCCGUCGUCCAGUGAUGAACACGAAUAUAUGGAAAAUCUAUUCAAUUGUUUGUGUUCUGCGCUCUUGUGCUGUCCAUCAAAUCGUGAGCUCUUCCUGAAGGGCGAGGGCAUAGAACUCAUGAAUUUAAUAUUGCGAGAGAAGCGCAAGAAAGGGUCGACAUCUUCGGUGAGAAUCGGUUCUCUCAAAGUGAUUAACCAUAGCAUGAGUUCUGACAAGAAUGGCGACCAAAUGGUGGACUCGUGUUGUAAUAAAUUUGUCGAAAUCCUUGGUUUACGUAUUUUAAUGCCUGUGUUUAUGAAACCAAAUUCCAUUAUCGGCCACAAGAAAGAGACCACUUCUGUGGAUGAGGUCGAAGAGCACUGUCUGUCCAUAAUUCUAGCGCUACUGAACAACACGCGAAGUGAACUAAAACGUCGUGUUUUGUUCAAAUUCAGUGAAUCUGACUUUGAAAAGACCGAUCGACUCAUUGAAUUGCAUUUCAAAUAUUCUGAAAGACUUAUCAAAUGUGAUUCACUCAUCAAAAAAGAGAGAGCACUCAAACUCAUCAACGAUGAGACCAUAGAUGAGGACCAGUUCUUCAUGAGACGCCUCACUGAUGGCGGACUAUUCACUCUUCAGAUGAUUGAUCACAUAAUUCUUGUCAUAUGUUCGCUAUAUGACGACUACAUGGAAGCCAAUGCCACCGAAAAGGACGACCAGAGCUCCAAAGAGAGCAUCAAAUCACGAGUUAUGCGAUUAAUUAAUUUACACGCCGUUAGUUCUGUCAAUCACUACAAGUUUAUUAAGAAUAUUAUGAAAAACUUUGCCAAUGAAAGGGAUGAACACCACAAACAGAGAAUAUUACAACUCAUUCAAGAGUUCUGAGUCCAGUUGACACACAUUUGUAAAUAAAUUUGAUUUCACUUCUGUGC